CUGUCUCACACUGAGAAUCUCAGAGCUCCGAGUGAACCUGUUCCACCAGAAGCUAGCAAACAACUCCUCUCUCUCUCUCUGUCUUUGAGAAUGACUGAAACCAAUGAAGAUUCGACUCCGAACCCGGAGCUGGAUCCGGAACCGAACCCGAACAAAUCAGAGAGGCGGCUGCUCAAGAAGUCCAAAACGAUCGCGGAGCACCCGGGGCACACGCCGCACUUUCCAGGCCCACUCUUCCCGGCCGUCCGCCGCAUCACUACGCUCCCCAACUCCCACGCCCCUCCACGGACGUCCGGCCUCCGCGUCUCCGUCCCCGGCGGAGAAGAUCCCUCCUGGCACCACCCCAAUAACGCCAACGACCGCGACUACAUCUACCCUCCCAUCCUCGGCGCCUAUCCCACUAGAGACAGAGCGGUCCCGGUCAAAGCCAAGCCUCGCAAGCCCGAGCCGUCGGAUUCGAGCCGCCGUGGCCGUUCGGUCGACGUGAAGUUGCCGGAUAGAACGAACCGUAUUACAGCUCCUGUGGGUAAAACUGAUAAAAACGAGAAUAAUAAUAGACAUUCGGAUUCUAAGAAGCCGCUGGUGGAGCCGAGACGUCAAGUUUCGCUGGCUUCGACGAGUUUGGUGAGUCCACUCGGUGUAGGGAGAUCUCGGGAAUUUAAGCUGUUGUUGAGCCUAUAUUUGCUCAGUUUCUCUUUUAUAUUAUCUGUAUCUUAUGCAGUUUAUCUGCAGAACAGAGUGGCAAAACUUCAGGAACAGAAUAGUAAUCUCUGUAGACUUUGCGGUCACAAAGAUGGUUGUAAUGGCAGCAUCAGGGAUUUACCAUUUGAAGAUAUUAAUCCAAUAUCUUAUUUUGGUAAAGCUGACAGUAGAACUGUUGCGUUGUAUACCGUGGUGGUCACACUUGUUAUGCCAUUUCUGCUGUACAAAUAUCUUGAUCAUCUUCCCCAAAUCAAAAGUCCUUCGAAGAGGACAAAGAUUAACAAGGAGGAGGUUCCCUUGAAGAAGAGAAUUGCAUACAUGGUGGAUGUCUGUUUCUCUGUAUACCCUUAUGCAAAGCUGCUUGCACUCCUCUUUGCCACUGGAUUUCUUAUAGGAUUUGGUGGAUUGGCAUUGUAUGCGGUCAGUGAGAGUGAGAGUAGUUUUGCUGAAGCUCUUUGGCUUUCCUGGACUUUCGUGGCUGACUCAGGGAAUCAUGCUGACAGGGUUGGCACUGGGCCAAGGAUUGUUUCUGUCUCUAUAACUUCAGGGGGCAUGCUGAUAUUUGCAAUGAUGCUGGGGCUAGUUUCUGAUGCUAUCUCAGAGAAGGUGGAUUCACUGCGGAAAGGGAAGAGUGAAGUCAUUGAAAGCAAUCACAUACUUAUUCUUGGAUGGAGUGACAAACUGGGUUCACUCUUGAAGCAGCUUGCAAUAGCAAACAAGAGCAUCGGUGGUGGAGUCAUUGUUGUACUUGCAGAACGAGACAAGGAGGAAAUGGAGAUGGAUAUAGCAAAGCUAGAAUUUGACUUGAUGGGGACAUCUAUUAUAUGCAGAAGUGGCAGUCCUCUUAUACUGGCCGACUUAAAGAAGGUCUCAGUUUCAAAGGCUCGUGCAAUCAUUGUGUUAGCUUCAGAUGAAAAUGCCGAUCAGAGUGAUGCACGUGCUUUGAGGGUUGUGCUCAGUCUCACUGGAGUGAAAGAGGGUUUGAGGGGUCAUGUUGUUGUGGAGAUGAGUGACCUUGACAAUGAGCCCCUGGUGAAGUUAGUUGGAGGGGAACUUAUUGAAACAGUAGUUGCUCAUGAUGUGAUUGGACGCUUGAUGAUACAAUGCGCUCUGCAACCUGGCCUUGCACAGAUAUGGGAGGAUAUAUUGGGGUUUGAGAAUGCUGAGUUUUAUAUCAAAAGGUGGCCUCAAUUGGAUGGUCUUUGUUUUGAAGAUGUGCUUAUAUCAUUUCCUGACGCCAUUCCCUGUGGAAUUAAGGUGGCUGCUGAUGGUGGAAAGAUAAUCUUAAAUCCUGAUGAUAAAUAUGUUUUGACAGAUGGGGAUGAAGUCCUUGUUAUAGCUGAAGAUGAUGACACAUAUGCUCCAGGCCCCAUUCCAGAGGUACGUUGUGGUCUUUUUCAAAAAGUUCCUGACCCUCCAAAAUUUCCCGAGAAGAUAUUGUUUUGUGGCUGGCGUCGAGACAUUGAUGAUAUGAUUAUGGUUCUAGAGGCAUUUCUGGCUCCAGGUUCAGAACUGUGGAUGUUUAAUGAGGUUCCAGAGAAAGAGAGAGAGAAGAAGCUUACCGAUGGUGGACUUGAAAUAUCUAGAUUAGAGAACAUAAAACUCGUCCACCGUGAGGGAAAUGCUGUCAUUCGACGGCAUUUAGAAAGUCUUCCUCUAGAGACUUUUGAUUCUAUACUAAUUCUUGCAGACGAAUCACUGGAAGACUCAAUUGUUCAUUCUGACUCAAGAUCUCUUGCCACCCUUCUCCUUAUCCGAGAUAUACAGUCAAAGCGUCUGCCAUUCAAAGAUACAAAGUCACCUUCUUUACGGUUAUCUGCGUUCUCUCAUAGCUCUUGGAUCAGUGAAAUAGAGCGAGCUUCAGACAGAUCAAUAAUAAUUAGUGAAAUCCUGGAUUCUAGGACUAGAAACCUGGUAUCAGUAUCCAGAAUCAGUGACUAUGUGCUAUCAAAUGAACUGAUCAGUAUGGCACUAGCAUCAGUGGCUGAAGACAAACAAAUAAACCGUGUUCUUGAGGAGCUGUUUGCAGAGGAGGGUAAUGAGAUGUGCAUCAAGCCUGCAGAAUUCUAUUUAUUUGACCAGGAGGAACUCUGCUUUUAUGAUAUAAUGAUUCGGGGUCGUCAAAGGCAGGAAAUUGUCAUUGGGUAUCGCGUUGCAAAUGCAGAGCGUGCCAUAAUUAACCCUUCACCGAAGUCCAAACGAAGAAAAUGGUCCCUUAAUGAUGUUUUCGUUGUCAUUUCAUCGGGUGAAUGAAAUGCAUAAAAGAGCAGCUGUUUCUACCAAUGCCUGUGCUAACCCACCUCGCCCCGGCCCUCUCAACCCCAAUAAUAUAAUAUCUUAACACUAAUGAUUGAGAAACUGUGAAUUCUUAGGGUUAAGAAAGCUGCUAGUUAUUUUCUGAAACGAAGGUGGUGAGGUCUUCAAAGAGAUUGAUUGAUUUCUAAUUCCCUAAGGGAAAGUUUUGCCUAGAACACAAGCUUCUUGUAACUUAAUUGGAUUGGAAGAUGCACAUUGGCUGUUGAGGACAGGGUGAAAGGUUUACAGUGACUCGCAAAUAUGUCGUAUAAUUGUACGAAAAAUUGUGUCAUAAAGUGAGUAGAUCUUUGAUGGAAUGGAUGGAACAACACCAUUUUUGCGUAUGAUCAAGUCAUUUUGACCUGGAGAAGGCAAUAGAAGAAUGUAACUGUUUAGUUGAAUCCUAACAGUGAUUUUGUAUGUUCGAUGUAAUAUAUUCAUUUUCAAAUGUAGUAAAUUACAAUGCGAU